GCCCCUUUACGGCACGAUGGUCGCACAAGAAUGUGAUACAGGCUCGGUGGCCGCCAUUUUCUUUCUUUCUUAGCAGUUGGCUGGGAGGUCUCUGCGAAGCGGCGGGAGCGGGCACUAGACUGUAGGCAUGGCCGACUACUCAACGGUGCCGCCACCCUCCUCUGGCUCCGCUGGCGGCGGCGGCGGCGGCGGGGGCGGCGGCGGAGUGAACGAUGCUUUCAAAGAUGCGCUGCAGAGAGCCCGGCAGAUUGCAGCAAAAAUUGGAGGUGAUGCUGGUACAUCGCUGAAUUCAAAUGACUAUGGUUAUGGGGGACAAAAAAGACCUUUGGAAGAUGGAGAUGGCUCUUGGACAAGUCCGAGCAGUACAACACACUGGGAGGGAAUGCCCUCUCCUUUUAAAGAUCAACCAGAUGCUAAGAAAGUUGCUCCUCAAAAUGAUUCUUUUGGAACACAGUUACCGCCGAUGCAUCAGCAGCAAAGGUCUGUAAUGACAGAAGAAUACAAAGUACCAGAUGGAAUGGUUGGAUUUAUAAUUGGUAGAGGAGGAGAACAGAUCUCACGCAUACAGCAGGAAUCUGGAUGCAAGAUUCAGAUAGCACCUGACAGUGGUGGUCUUCCAGAAAGGUCUUGUAUGUUAACUGGCACGCCAGAAUCUGUUCAAUCAGCAAAACGGUUAUUGGACCAGAUUGUUGAGAAAGGAAGACCAGCUCCUGGCUUCCAUCAUGGUGAUGGACCUGGAAAUGCAGUUCAAGAAAUCAUGAUUCCAGCGAGCAAGGCAGGAUUAGUUAUUGGAAAGGGUGGAGAAACUAUUAAACAACUUCAGGAAAGGGCUGGCGUUAAAAUGGUUAUGAUUCAGGAUGGACCGCAGAACACUGGUGCUGACAAACCUCUUAGGAUUACAGGAGAUCCAUACAAAGUUCAACAAGCCAAAGAAAUGGUGUUAGAGUUAAUUCGUGAUCAAGGUGGUUUCAGAGAAGUUCGAAAUGAGUAUGGAUCAAGAAUAGGAGGAAAUGAAGGGAUAGAUGUCCCCAUUCCAAGAUUUGCUGUUGGCAUUGUAAUAGGAAGAAACGGAGAGAUGAUUAAAAAAAUACAAAAUGAUGCUGGUGUUCGAAUUCAGUUUAAGCCAGACGAUGGAACAACACCUGAUAGAAUAGCACAAAUAACAGGACCUCCAGAUAGAUGUCAACAUGCUGCGGAAAUUAUUACAGACCUUCUUCGAAGUGUUCAGGCUGGUAAUCCUGGUGGACCUGGACCUGGUGGUCGAGGAAGAGGUAGAGGUCAAGGCAACUGGAACAUGGGACCACCUGGUGGACUACAGGAAUUUAAUUUCAUUGUACCAACUGGGAAAACUGGAUUAAUAAUAGGAAAAGGAGGUGAAACCAUAAAAAGUAUAAGCCAACAGUCUGGUGCAAGAAUAGAACUUCAGAGAAAUCCUCCACCAAAUGCAGAUCCUAACAUGAAGUUAUUCACAAUUCGUGGAACUCCACAGCAAAUAGAUUAUGCUCGGCAACUCAUUGAAGAAAAGAUUGGUGGCCCGGUAAAUCCUUUAGGGCCACCUGUACCCCAUGGGCCCCAUGGUGUCCCAGGCCCACAUGGGCCUCCUGGACCACCAGGACCUGGAACUCCAAUGGGCCCAUACAACCCUGCACCUUAUAAUCCAGGACCACCUGGUCCCGCUCCUCAUGGUCCUCCAGCCCCCUAUGCGCCCCAAGGAUGGGGAAAUGCGUAUCCACAUUGGCAGCAACAAGCGCCUCCUGAUCCAGCCAAGGCAGGAACAGAUCCAAAUUCAGCAGCCUGGGCUGCUUAUUAUGCGCACUAUUAUCAACAGCAAGCACAGCCACCACCUGCAGCUCCUGCUGGUGCACCCGCUGCAACCCAAACUAAUGGACAAGGUGAUCAGCAGAAUCCAGCUCCAGCUGGACAGGUUGAUUAUACCAAGGCUUGGGAAGAAUACUAUAAGAAAAUGGGUCAAGCAGUUCCUGCUCCCGCUGGGGCUCCUCCAGGUGGGCAACCAGAUUAUAGUGCAGCCUGGGCUGAGUACUAUAGACAACAAGCAGCCUACUAUGCCCAGACGAGUCCCCAGGGAAUGCCACAGCAUCCUCCAGCACCUCAGUGCCUUCCCAGACCUUCCACCUUAGGUUCUGCUGCAAAAAGCAACAGUGCUGAAGAUGCUGCAAGCACCAAAUCAUAGCUCAUAAAAUCAGGUCCUGAGAUAGUUACCCAUAAAGAGGAAUCCUUUGAGUGUAUGCCAUUGGUGAGCCGAUGAGCAUGGACCAUAGAAGGGCUCAAUGUAGAAGGUAAAAUUGGCAAGUCAUAAUUGAGAAAUAUGAAAUGUAUUCCCAUACAUAAUAUGAUAUAGGGUGUAAUGUACCUGCUUUUGAUCACUUUUUAUUUUUAAGUGCUAUUCACUUUCUUAAAUGUUCCAUAAACUGUUAAAUUUCAUAAGUUAUGUAGCUACUGCACCACAUUUACGUGUGUGUAUGUGUGUAUGUGUGUUUUAGUAGUCAAUGAUAGGCAUGUUAAGAUUGAUAUAAGGGAUCCUUUUGAACCUUUUAAGAGUCUAUUGAGUCUUGGUUAGUUGAAGUUUGCAUUUUUAUGAAAGAAAAUGUAGAUGAAUGGUAAUAGAUAUUUGAGCAUUAUAUCUCAUGAGAAUUUUUUUCAUUACCAUAAGCCUUCACUUGAAUACUGCAAGCAUUUUUUAAUGGCGCUAUUCUUACCUUGAAAUUAAUGGAAAGCAGAAAAGGUGAGCCAGUUGACUUGAAUGCAGUGGAUGUGUUAGGGUUUGUAGAAACAAUGUUUACUUAGAUUGAAAUGGGAUUUACUAGCAUUUAAACUAGAAAAUGUUAUUUUUAAAGAUCGCUUUUAGUGUGGUUUUAGAGUUCUUAUGGUUUGAUAUUUCUUUUAGACGUGAAAGGUGUACUUAAUUCAUAAAAAUCAUUUUAAUAUUAAAGCUAGUGAUUUAAUACUAGUUUGUAAACAUUGUAAAAUAUAUCCUUACACAAAUACUUUGGUAGUUAAUAAUAAAGGGUGGGUUUGAGUAGGUGUAGUAAAAUACAGUAAGAGAAAUAGGAAUAUAUUCAGAAGUUAUAUUUCAUUUGUUUGAGUACUCUGUCAGAAGAAGAACCAGUUCUACCUGCAUUAUUUUAACUAUUUCCUGAAAUAAGGAUGUAGAAAUUAAUAAUCAAUGAGAAUGUCUUAUUUUUAUUUUCUGAAAAUUCUGCCUCACUUUUAAAUGCAUUUUAACAAUACUAGUUAAUGAUAAAUUUGACUCUUGAAAAUAACCUUACUUCUUGUUUAGUCACUUGAGUUUCCUUGCACAGUAUAAGCUUCAAAGGGUUUUUUUUAAUAGGUGCUUUUAAAAAGCAAAUCCCAAAGUUUUAUUUUCUUCAGUGAUAUCCCUAUAGAACUCUUAAAUGUAUUUGCGCAUAUAAAUAUUUUUUCUUAUGCAUGCUCAAUGCAU